UACAUUCUGCUUAUAUAUAAAGCAACGAAAAAUCUCUCUCUCGCUCAACAAUCUUUACAGUUCAGGCCCCAUGCAUCCAGCCUCCAGGAGGCGCGGCGCGGACCUGAUGCAUGCAUCCAAAGAUCAUGAAUUAUGUGAGCUGGUCUGUAAGCAUUGCUUUGAUCCAAGGCUCUUGGAUGCAUUAGUGCGGGCCUCUCUUGGCUUUGAUCCUCCUCCGCAUUUGAAUUCCAUUAUCUGGGAUCGCGUUUGACCGUAUAAAUUUUAAAAUAAAAGAAAAUGCAAUUUUAAUGAAAAUAUCUCAGUCAGAUAUAUAUACAGAGUCUGUAUAUCAACUAGUAAGACGUCAAACGUUUCUGAUGUCAUACUUAUUCAUCAAUGUGCAAUUUAUCAUGCAUGUAUACAUAACUUAUUUAUACAAAGGAGAGACGAUCUGGCUCACACACAUGUUCAUUCAUCCAUAUGACACUAAGGUAAUGAAAACGAUACAUAAUCCUAACAAAGUAGAUAAUCAUAUAUAAAUAUAUAUAUAAAUGUAAAUAUAUAUAUAUAUAAAUAUAUAUCUCUUUUAUUUAGUUUCUAUAUUUCAAAUUUUGAAUUCACUUUUAAAAUUAUUACCAGAAUUUCUUGUUUCCUUUUAAGACAAUAUUUUGUACGUUGUAUUCCUUGUAAAAUAGUGUUUUUUUUUCUUUUUCUUUUUGAUUCGGUGUAUCAUAUAAUACAUUUCUCUUAUUUUCAUAAAAAGAAAAAAGUAGCUGGAUACUUUACACACAGUUUCAUUUGCAAAAUAGUUAUUCAUAUACAACGUAUAUAUAUAUAUGUGUGUAUGAAUGGUCUAUCUUCUCAACAUCUUCUAAACACAAAAGAAAUAAUCAAAAAGAAUUCAUCACUCGAUUAAUCAUAACAUUUUCUUGGUAUCAUUAUGGAUCUGCGGUUUCUAUGUUCUCUUUUGUUGUUUUUUGUCGCAGAAGUGACCACAACCAAGACCAAAGGGAACACAACAGUUCCGGCAUUAAUAGUAUUCGGAGAUUCGAUAAUGGAUACUGGAAAUAAUAAUGACAUUCCAACUCUUCUAAAGUCUAACUUUCCUCCUUAUGGGAAAGAGUUUCCUGGUGGCAUUCCUACCGGUAGAUUUUCAGAUGGAAAAGUUCCAUCAGACAUCAUUGCGAAUACAUUGGGGAUAGCAAAGACGAUACCACCAUACUUAGGCUCAAAACUAAAGCCAAAUGAUCUUCUUAAGGGUGUAAUAUUUGCUUCUGGAGGUUCCGGUUAUGAUCCAUUAACAUCUAAACUAUUGUCUAUAAUACCAAUGUCAGAUCAACUCCAAUAUUUUCAAGAAUAUUUGUCAAAAAUUAAGCAACACUUUGGAGAAGAAAAGGUUAAGUUUAUAUUGGAGAAAAGUGUGUUUCUAGUGGUCGCUAGCAGUAAUGAUCUCGGCGAGACUUAUUGGGCUCGAUCGCUUGAAUACAGUCGUAACGCAUACGCUGAAUAUUUGGCAUACUUGGCUUCAGAGUUUAUCAAAAAACUAUCUGGACUCGGAGCGAAAAAAAUAGGAGUGUUUAGCGCAGUUCCAGUUGGAUGCGUGCCUGCACAAAGAACACUCUUUGGAGGUUUCAAAAGAGAAUGUUAUGAAACUUUGAACAAAAUGGCAAUUCAUUUCAACUCAAAGUUAUCAUCUAGUAUGGAUGCUCUGCAGAAACAGUUGCCCAGUAAACUAGUAUAUAUUGACAUUUACGAAACUCUUCAUGACAUCAUGAGAAACUCUUCGAAAUACGGGUUUAAAGUGGCAGAUAAAGGAUGUUGCGGUACAGGAAGAAUUGCGUUAGCUGUAUUGUGCAACAAACUUACUCCUUUCACGUGUUCGGAUCCAUCGACUCAUGUGUUCUUUGACUCUUAUCAUCCAACUGAAAAAGCUUACCAAAUUAUCACUGAUAAAUUGAUGAAAAAAUACCAGAAGCACCUUAGCAACUGAAUAUGUUCAGUCAUGUGGUGAUAUUAGUCUGAUGAAUGUUCUUUUAUAUCUUUUCUACAGUAAGGAUGUAUUUCAACCAAAGUGUUUUUUUUUUUAAUUUGAUUUAUGAUCACAAUGAUUUCUUCCAUCUCAGCCGACUUUUUAUGCCGACUAUCUAACUAUAUGGCUUAUCUUUUGCGAUGUAAUGUUAAACCAUGUUUUGGGUAACGACGUAACUUACAAACGUGAACUUACGAGACGUUGGAGCUGUGUGUUGUUUUGGAUGUUUGCCCUAAUAAAAUACUUCAUCCAUUCCCCAUAUUUUCUAAAGUUUAUUUUUGUUCCACAAAAAUAUAUUUUUAAGAUACUGUAUAUUUUCGA